AUGGGGCAGGCAGCCCCAAUCCUCCUGGCCCUGCUGAGCCUAACAGCGACUAUUUGUGAUGCCCAGAACACCUGCCCAGAUUCAACUGUCUUUGUUUCCUCAGAGGUGAGAAUAGUGGGACUGGGUGAUGCUGACCGGCUCGCCAUUCUCCAAGGAUGCCCAGGGAUCCCAGGUGCCUCUGGCCCAAAAGGAGAACCAGGUCUCCAAGGAGAAAAAGGAGAAAUGGGAGCCCAGGGACUCCCCGGGAAAGCAGGACCAUCUGGUGCAAAAGGAGCAGCUGGAGAGCCUGGCUUCCCAGGGCUGAAAGGAAUGAAAGGAGAGCCUGGAUUUCCAGAAACAUUGGAAGCCAGGAACUGCCAAGAGCUGUUGGGUAAAGGGAAGAUCCUAAGCGGCUGGUACACCAUCUACCCCCAGGGCUGCAAUGCCACCACCGUCUUCUGUGACAUGGACACGGAUGGCGGAGGAUGGAUUGGCUGAGGCUCUCCUUUCCUGCAGGUUUUCCAGAGGCGCUGGGAUGGGUCAGUGAACUUCUUGCGAGAUUGGGAUUCAUACAAACGAGGUUUUGGCAACCAGCUGACAGAGUUCUGGCUGGGGAAUGACAACAUCCACUUCCUCACCUCGCUGGGACCCUGUGAACUCCGCAUUGACCUGAGAGACUUUGAAAACAACUACUAUUUUGCCAAGUAUGCUUCAUUCAGAGUUUUAGGAGAGUCUGAGAAAUACAAACUGGUUCUAGGAGACUUCCUUGGUGGAAAUGCUGGAGACUCCUUAUCAUACCACAAGGACAUGCCAUUUUCAACAACAGACCAGGACAACGACAUGAGCUCCUUUAACUGUGCCGCAGAAUACAAGGGAGCGUGGUGGUACAAUGACUGCCAUUACUCCAACCUGAACGGGAUGUACUGGCUGGGGGUUCACGGGAGCUAUGCUGAUGGCAUAAACUGGAAGACAGGCAAAGAAUACCAUUACUCCCAUAAGCGAACGGAAAUGAAAUUCCGGCCAAUUUAA